AGUGGACGUUGUAAUUUCUGUCGCCUGUUUCUUCUUGCGUAUAAUUGUCUUGUCUCAUGUGAUUAAGUCCGGAAGGAGUAUUUUAAAAGGUGGCCAGGUUGUAGUUGCCGAGGCACAACGAUGUGGGUUCUGGAUGUUUAUCUCUCACGGACUUAAACUUAAGUGGAGGUAAGGGUUUUGUUCCACUUUUUCCACACUAGUUAGACGUGAGUAACAAAUACGUUAGUUACUAACUCUAUACGUUCGUCCACCUUUUUUUGAACAACAGGGUAGCCUUAUCAUGAACGGCUCCUACGUUUCUUUUCCUUCCUUUUCGAAUUUGUUUGACGGAUAUUUGGUUUGUGUGUAAACUCGAUUCCAGUGAAAACAACGCUACUCAAACUGGAACAGUUCUGUGUUUCAACAAAACAAAUCAUAGUAAAAUGUAUUCUUUAAUCUGAUGAAUCUGUUCCUUUCAAUUCACGGUAUCAUCACCCAAUUCAUGUUAUCUGUUCCUUUCAAUUCACGGUAUCAUCACCCAAUUCAUGUUAUCUGUUCCUUUCAAUUCACGGUAUCAUCACCCAAUUCAUGUUAUCUGUUCCUUUCAAUUCACGGUAUCAUCACCCAAUUCAUGUUAUCUGUUCCUUUCAAUUCACGGUAUCAUCACCCAAUUCAUGUUAUCUGUUCCUUUCAAUUCACGGUAUCAUCACCCAAUUCAUGUUAUCUGUUCCUUUCAAUUCACGGUAUCAUCACCCAAUUCAUGUUAUCUGUUCCUUUCAAUUCACGGUAUCAUCACCCAAUUCAUGUUAUCUGUUCCUUUCAAUUCACGGUAUCAUCACCCAAUUCAUGUUAUCUGUUCCUUUCAAUUCACGGUAUCAUCACCCAAUUCAUGUUAUCUGUUCCUUUCAAUUCACGGUAUCAUCACCCAAUUCAUGUUAUCUGUUCCUUUCAAUUCACGGUAUCAUCACCCAAUUCAUGUUAUCUGUUCCUUUCAAUUCACGGUAUCAUCACCCAAUUCAUGUUAUCUGUUCCUUUCAAUUCACGGUAUCAUCACCCAAUUCAUGUUAUCUGUUCCUUUCAAUUCACGGUAUCAUCACCCAAUUCAUGUUAUCUGUUCCUUUCAAUUCACGGUAUCAUCACCCAAUUCAUGUUAUCUGUUCCUUUCAAUUCACGGUAUCAUCACCCAAUUCAUGUUAUCUGUUCCUUUCAAUUCACGGUAUCAUCACCCAAUUCAUGUUAUCUGUUCCUUUCAAUUCACGGUAUCAUCACCCAAUUCAUGUUAUCUGUUCCUUUCAAUUCACGGUAUCAUCACCCAAUUCAUGUUAUCUGUUCCUUUCAAUUCACGGUAUCAUCACCCAAUUCAUGUUAUCUGUUCCUUUCAAUUCACGGUAUCAUCACCCAAUUCAUGUUAUCUGUUCCUUUCAAUUCACGGUAUCAUCACUCAAUUCAUGUUGUCUGUUCCUUUCAAUUCACGGUAUCAUCACCCAAUUCAUGUUAUCUGUUCCUUUCAAUUCACGGUAUCAUCACCCAAUUCAUGUUAUCUGUUCCUUUCAAUUCACGGUAUCAUCACCCAAUUCAUGUUAUCUGUGCCUUUCAAUUCACGGUAUCAUCACCCAAUUCAUCUUAUCUGUUCCUUUCAAUUCACGGUAUCAUCACCCAAUUCAUGUUAUCUGUUCCUUUCAAUUCACAGUAUCAUCACCCAAUUCAUGUUAUCUGUUCCUUUCAAUUCACGGUAUCAUCACCCAAUUCAUGUUAUCUGUUCCUUUCAAUUCACGGUAUCAUCACCCAAUUCAUCUUAUCUGUUCCUUUCAAUUCACGGUAUCAUCACCCAAUUCAUGUUAUCUGUUCCUUUCAAUUCACGGUAUCAUCACCCAAUUCAUGUUAUCUGUUCCUUUCAAUUCACGGUAUCAUCACCCAAUUCAUCUUAUCUGUUCCUUUCAAUUCACGGUAUCAUCACCCAAUUCAUCUUAUCUGUUCCUUUCAAUUCACGGUAUCAUCACCCAAUUCAUCUUAUCAUCACCCAAUUCACGGUAUCAUCACCCAAUUCAUCUUAUCUUAUUGAAAAGAUUGAAAACAAUCAUAAACAUUUAUAUUAAAGCAUAACCAAACCAAUCGAAUUUUUUUCUGACAAUAAAACGGUUUGUACCUCUAAGUUGUCGGAAUGCAAAAAAACUACAUAACGACUCCGAAGACAAGAAAUGAAAAAAAACUAAAAUGAUAAGUUAAAGGUGACAAAAAAAUUAAUUUCUUUGAAAAUUAAAAAAAAAAAAAUUUGCAAGUUGCUUUGUGGUUGAAGCAAGACUAAAAGUCAUUGAAUUUUUUUUUUUAAAUCAGAAAACAUUGUGAUCAAUAACUUUAAUUUAUUUAUAAACCACAAAGUUCCCAUUAACUACUUUAGAUGUACGCAGAUAGAAAUACAGUGGAACCUCUCAUAACGAGGUUAAUUCAUUCCAGACUCUUACUCGUUAAGCGAAACACUCGUUAAACAAAACAAUUUUUCCCAUACAAAUCAAUGUAAAAUACGAUAUUGCGUUCCAUGCUGAAAAGAUACCAAUUUUUCAAAAAAUUUUAUCAACAUUAAUUCAAAUAAAAUUACUUAUGAAUUCUUAAGGAAUACAAUUUAGAUUAGAAACAGAAAACGUAAAUAAAAAUAUGAAUUUAUGAAAAAUAAUUAAUCCUUUUUAACUAGAAAACUGUCUCAAGCCAUUUGUUUUUGCCGACGCUUAAAAAUUUGACGAAAAUGUGUCACAGCAUUAUCAUUGAAUAAAUUUGUACCACGAAUAGCCACCUCCUUAUUAGGGUGAUGCUUCUCAAUGUACGAUGCAACAGUUUCCCACGCUUUCAGCAUUUCUCUUAUUGGGCUAGAAGAUUGUUCCUCUGCUCUUUCCUCCUCCAUUAAUGAGCUCUCCUCCAUAAUUUCUUGCUGUGAAACACGAUGCAACUCCAUAAGCUCUUCGGUGGUCAACUCUUGACUGUGCUCUUUCACGAGCUCUUCAAUAUCGUUGUUGUCCACCUCGAGUCCCAUGAUAUUGGCCAAUGACACAAUCUCUUUAACUGUAGACUCCACAGGUACUGUUUCACUAUCACAUUCAACAAAACUCUCAGGCCAAAGUUUUUUCCAAGCAGAAAAGAGGGGAAAAGGGACUUCCCCUUUCUGCGUAACUCGUUAUGGGAAAUGUCGCUCGUUAAGGGAGCAACUUCUUCACAUUUUGUUUUGCUCGUUAUGCGAAUUACUCGUUAUGAGGUGCUCGUUAUGAGAGGUUCCACUGUAGUGUUAUUGCAGACUGCAAGCUCAUCAAUUUUGUUGUACUUUUUGGAGUCUAAUAAAGGCCUACAUGUGUGAUAUAAAGUCAGAUUUAAAAAUGUGUUAUUUAAAAAAAUAAAUAAACCUGUAUCGGAAACCAUCUUAAAACUAUUUUACAAAAAAUAGAACUAUUUGACAGUAAGACAUACAUUUAUAUUAAUACUUAUGAAACUAUGAAUAUUUAACACAUAAGGAAAUAAAUUUUAUUUUAAGUUCAUUAGUUAAGGCAAGUGUAAAUACGUGACAUAAUUUUUAUGUUUUGCUAUUGAGAUUUCAAGAGUAAAACUAUGACUUCUCUAUUUAAAGUAGGUUUGCGAUCGUCACUUGGAAAUACACACCAUGCCAAAAACGUGUCUAUGUGCUUUAUUAUAUCGUAAGUUAUUUUUACAAUUAAAAAAAAAUUAAUUUAAAUUUUGAAUUGAUUGUAUUAUAUAUAUAUAUACUGGAGUUAGGUUAAAAAUGUACAGACCUUAUUUUUUUUUUUUUAAAGAUGAGUAAUGUAUGGCUAUGAACAUAAAAAUGUCAUUUUCCUCGUUUUUUUAAAUAACUUAUUUUAAAGCCAAACGGUAAAUAAGUGUCUCUCACGGGCAAUAAAGAGGCUGGAAAAUAGAUUUAAAUAUUAGGAGAAGCUUAAUGAUGAAACAGUGCACUGGCAGAAUAUAAGGCUUAUCACUAUUGAUGUAUUUUAUCAUAACUUAUUGUAUUUAAGUUAAAUCCAGCCUAUGAUGUAGCACCCCACCACCAAGACUACCCUAUGAAAUUUUUAAUUUCUUAUUUUUUUAAAUUUUAUUAUUAUUUUUUUUUAAAUUUGAUAAUGGUUUGUUAUGUUUAGUAUUGAAUUGUAAUACUUUUGAUGCAUACUGAAGAGGAAUGGUUUGGUUAAAAGCCAUUUAUCCCAAAUAACAAACUGAAAAGACAAUCUUUUGGCAUGUGGGGGGGGGGGUCAAGGAUGAAUGACGUUUUGACCAACAACAAACAACAUGGACGAUUACCUGCUAUAUACUGUAAAAUCAAAAUACUGUAAAACAAAAUCAAAACUAGAAAACGUUUUCACGGAAAGGUAUUUUUCUAAUAGUGUUAUCAGAUUGGAAAAAAUAUUGUUUAUAAUAUCGAUUGAUACUCAAGACGUGUAUGUCGUUGUUCUUUAAAUGAAUUGAUAUACAUACUUUUUUAAAAGAUAUUUCAAGCAAUUAGAAUUGACAAAGAACUAUAAUUGUGAGUAAAAAUAGAAAAUGAGAAGCACUAAAUCUCUGUUACGCACUGGUUUCUAUUGCGAGAAAUUAAUCUCUUGUUUUAUGUUAUGGCUCGUUCCAACAGUGUCUAACAAAGGACGAUAUCACAGUGAAAUACAAUAACAAAAAUACGACGCCGAAAACAGUAAUAAAAUUUAUUUUAGUAAUAAUACAAUUAUAAAACAAAAGAAAUAUAAUUACAAAUGAUCAAUUUACAGAUUGUGGUAGAUCUUGUACCGGUACACAGUUAGUACAAUGUGCCAAUUAAUAAUGUACAAUGACGAAAUGCGAAUAAACACAUAUAUAAGAACACAAAGAAUAAUACACGUCUCGUUAAGUUUAAAAUAUCUAUCAAUCUCCGUCCUCUCUGUGCCUGUCAAUCCCUUUUAUAUGUGAGUCUACCGACGCGUCUAGAAACGCCCUUACUUUUCUAAUUCAAUCGAGAGCCUUCGAAAAGAUACUAGUAGACCUACUAAACAUGUUUAAUUGGAAGCCAGUAGUAAACAAGAUACAUCAAACGAAUAGGCCACGCCCAGAACAAACGCUACCGUCUGCUAGAGAUCUAAUGUGGGGUGAAACAAAGUUCAAGCACGGGAAAAGUGUACUACAAAGCAAUCUCUUUUUUAUUUUGCAGUAAAAACAGUAAUUUUUUUUAAAUUGAAUUUUAUUUCUCUUUUUAUUCUACAGUUUCCUUGAUUAACGACACAGUAUUGCAGUACUCAUUCAUCAAUGAAAAAUGUAGUUUCCUCAAAUCCAAGCAAAGCUUCAGGACCACAAUAAUAGGUGCUCAAUGGACUGUCGCUUCGAAAAUUAAAUGUCUCGCAAAAUGCCUUGAAAUGUAAAUUUUUUUUUUCUAUAAAUCUCAAAAUAAUUUAAAUUUUAUAUAUGUGUUUGUGUUUUUGUGUAUGUGUGUGAGGUGUGAUUUUUAAGGACAUACAUGUUCGAUGUAAUAAAAAUAUAACAUAGCAUACAUUCAAAAAAAAAAAUGUGUCCGUUGUAAUAGUUAACUUAAGAUGGUGGUUUUGACAUUUUUCUUCCCAACUAUAAUGUUAAAGUAACCAGCACUAAGCAUGACACAGUUGCUCUGUUUAUAAACAUGCUGCAAUUUUUGUUUGUAUAAAAAAUGUAGCAUGAGUUAAUAGCAAUAGCAUCUGAAUAACAGCACAUUUGUGUCUUUAAAGAACACAGCACAUUUCAUAUGAUUAUUCGAUAACCAUUUUUACUUCACUUCACCUCAAUGUUUUUCGCUGGUUAUGGUCGGAAUUCUUGAAGCCCAUAUAUAUGUCUAAUGUCCCGAUCAACUAGAGAACAAUAUUUCUUGCACGCUACUUGUUUCUUACGUCCAAUUUCGGUGUGACAAUGUUUGAAUGUCCAGUAUGGUUGACGACUGCAAAGUUAUUUGCCGAAAAAAGUUAUUAAAAAAAAUAAAUGAUGCACAAAUAAUGGAUGCAAUAAAGUAAUAGAUGCAAUAAAGUAAUAGAUGCAAUAAAGUAAUAGAUGCAAUAAAGUAAUAGAUGCAUCGCUAAUGAAACGAACCAGGAGAGACAACCUAUGGAGAGAAAAAAAACAUUUUAUAAAUUGAAUUUCGAAGCGUACCUGUCAGAAUUGGAAUUUGAAUGCCUUCAAAAAACAUUCUGGAAACACCGUUUUUAGCUAAAGUUAAAUAUCAACUCUUCAAUACAUGUUGAUAGCACAGUGUGCAUUGCUUACCUUUAUUCUAAAGCUACAGCGAUAGCUGCCAAAGUUUCAUGUACAACACAGCCACACUCAAGUGUACACCAGGUGCUAACGUACAAGAUGGUUUAUUUAGCGCAACCAGUGCAGAUGAGGAACUCUACGUGAAGUACCCAAAUUUCAGGUGAAACUUUGUCAUUAAAGAAUCAUUUAAUAUAUAUAUAUAUAUAUAUAUAUAUAUAUAUAUAUAUAUAUAUUAUUAUUAUCUGCUAAACAUAACCAAAGAUUAAAAUUCGGUCGAUUUAAUUAAAAACUAAAUGCGUAUACAUUUAUUUUUAAAAGAGGUAAUUUAUCAAAUUGAUUUUAUAAAAAGCUAUUUUAUCAAAUUGAAUUCUACAAUGUUCCAAUCAACAAAAAAAAAAAAAAAAAAAAAAAAAAAAAAAAAAAGAAAUAUUCUUUUUAAAACGAUUUGUAACUUUAUUUUAUUUAUUUUUUAAAUUUGCUAAAGAUUUUUGUUAAAACUCCUACAUUUUAAAAUGUAGUUAAUUUAACAAUGUUUUCAUUUAUAUAUUGGGCUACUAACUAAGCGUUACAAUAAACUGUAACAUUUCUCAUAAUAUAUGAAGUUAUCACUUCAAUAAAAACAUUCCCGGAGUUCGUCUCAAAACUGAUGAAAGACCUACACAAUGUGCUCAACAUUUCGUAAAUACUUGUUUGUCGAAUUUGAAUUUUUCUCUCUGUUUUCUAUGACAGAGUCCAAAGCUAUUUGUCGACAAGUAUCUGUGCAAUAUUUUUCAACGGCCACAAGACCUACUCUGACGCCAGAGAUAUCUGCAGAGUGUACAACGCGCACUUGUUUGUCCCGAGAUCGGCUGAGAGCUACGCCUUGUUUAAAUCAAUGAUCGACCUCUCGCAAAAUGCCUGGGUCGGCCUCAAUGACGUAGAUGUAACAUGGAAGUACAUGGCGGAAGAUGAUGGGCAAGAAAUGGACAUUAGUAGCAUUCUAAGUUUGUUUGCACAUGGUGGGCCCGACCAUUAUCAGCAACAGCACUGCAUAACGACCUUUAUCGAAAGCGAAGGGCAACUUGAGGAUGAAGAAUGUGACAGUAAAAAUACUUUUGUUUGUCAGACAGAGUUCUCUAACUGUUAAAAAAAAACACCUAAAAAAUGAGUCCAUGAAUUAUACCCUUAACAUUACAAGUGAACUGUCAAAGAAUUCAGCACUAACUCAUUAAAAUUAAAAAGCAACAACUAAAAGCAUAGUUUUUUUUCGUAUAAAUCCUUAAUAUGCAUUUUUUUCCAUAUAUGUAUACCGUAAAUGCGUAAAAUUAUGGCGAAAAUACGUUUCAU